AUGGAAGAGGUGACGUAUCAUUCAGUGAUGCGUAAACGACGCGGAUUGGCCAGCGCCGUUCUGGGCCUGAUCGUGGGCCUACUUCUAGGAUUUCUCAUCCAAAGUUAUCGGAUACUCUCGUCCAGCCAUCAGGAACGGUACAAUAUAUACUCGUCCUCGAUGCCUGGGCCCCAUGUGCUGGUGAAACCAUUAACACGAAACGUUCCGAAUCUGAACGAAGACGAUCAAACGAACAGUAGUUCCACGACGGGUCUGGUGUUCGUAGGUGUGAUGACAGCUGGAAAAUAUCUUGACACUAGAGCGAAAGCCGUCUACGAGACCUGGGGUAAAGAUCUUCCCGGUAAAAUCGCCUUCUUCUCAUCCGAAAGUUCCAUUGUGCCAGAGAACUGUCCUGACCUGCCGUUGGUGCCAUUGCCACGUGUGGACGACACUUAUCCACCACAGAAGAAAUCGUUCAUGAUGCUGCAAUACAUGUGGAACAAUUACGGGGAUCGUUUUGAAUGGUUCCUGAGGGCGGAUGAUGACGUAUAUGUAAGGACAGAUCGUCUGGAGCAGCUUCUCCGGUCCGUGAACUCCAGGAGGGCCAUGUACAUCGGCCAGGCUGGCAGAGGGAACUCCGAGGAAUUUGGCUUGCUGUCCUUGGAGUACGACGAGAAUUUUUGUAUGGGCGGACCUGGUGUUAUACUCUCCAGAGAGACCUUGAGGAGAAUCGUGCCGCACAUCAAGUAUUGCCUGAGACAUUUGUACACCACUCAUGAGGACGUCGAAUUGGGCAGAUGCGUGCAGAAGUACGCCGGUAUACCUUGCACCUGGAGCUACGAGAUGCAGUCCAUUUUGUACCAUAACAGCAGCGGUGCACUGGCGUUCACCGGAAACUUGAAGAAAAAAGAAGUACACCGAGCCAUUACUUUGCAUCCUGUUAAAAGCCCGCCACACAUGUACAGGCUGCACAAUUACAUGAGGGGACUUCGUAUACAGGAUCUGCAGCAGGAACGACUGAAUCUGCACAGAGACAUCUACACGAUGGCGAAACAGUUGGGAAUCAACGUCGAAAAUAUAAGAAAUUUCGAGAUAGCGAAGGGCGUUCCUCUGUUUCCCAUCGAUCCACAUUCGAAAGAAUAUCCCGGUGACACGGAAAUAUUAGGUGUUCCAGCUGGUUUGCAAUCGUUCAAACCAACGACCAACAACGACGUAAUCACCUGGGAUUUUCUCUCGAGGUCGGAGUACAGUUUAGCUGACUCGAAUCCCAGGCGACGGAUUCACAGCGACAUAAAAGAGGGUCUGGAAGACAUCACCCGCGAAGUGAUGGCCUCUAUAAACGCAUGUUCGCGGCAACGUGGUAGAGUCGUCGAGGAAAGGUCAGCCCUAUACGGUUACAGACGGGUGGAUUCUUAUGGCGCCGACACGAUACUGGAUCUUCUGCUGGUGUACCGGAAGUACAGAGGCAGAAAGGUUACGUUGCCCGUCCGAAGACACGUUUAUCUCCAUCAGCACUUCACCGGACUGGAAAUACGGGAAACAGUGAACGGAAAGGAAGUCGAACAGGACAGACGAGAAAACGACAAAUCCCUGCAAAAUCUAUUCCGCGGUGGUUUCCUGAACCUGAAUUUCAACUCCGAGGACGAAGAGGACCCAGUCAGGAGCAAGACCAUCAAUUUCAUUUUACCUCUGUCGGGAAGAUACGAGGUUUUCCAAAGGUUCCUACAAAAUUACGAGGAGAUCUGUCUAACCAGCGACGAAAAGACUGCUUUGUUGGUCGUUUUGUAUCGUCGUGACGGAGAGAAUUCGUUCAAUCGAACGAUAGAUCUGAUCGAACAAUUGAAGUACAAGUAUCGUAGCGCGAGUAUAGAUACGCUUCCAGUCUCGGGCACGUUUUCCAGGGCAAGGGCCCUUGAUCUGGGUGCUUCGAGGCUGAAGAGCGACGACUUAAUGUUCUUCGUCGACGUCGAUAUCGUAUUCACCGAGUCCGCUCUGUAUAGGAUACAGUCGAACACGCUUUUAGGUAGACAGAUAUAUUUCCCGGUGGUGUUCAGCCAGUACAGUCCACGGAUCAUUGGGAAAAGCGAGAAAAAAUGGGAGGACACGUUCAACGUCGACGAAUCUUCCGGUUACUGGAGACAAUUCGGUUUCGGGAUCGUUUCAUUGUACAAACAGGAUUACGAAGACGUCGGUGGUUUCGAUUUGUCCAUCGAAGGAUGGGGAAAAGAAGACGUGGACUUCUUCGAGAGGGUUGUUAAAUCCAACAUGAAGAUCUUCAGGGCAGCUGACAAGAAUCUGGUUCAUAUUUAUCACGACGUGGAGUGCAGCAAAGAUCUCUCGAACGUUCAGCUGUCCAUGUGCAUGGGAACGAAGGCUGACACUUACGCUGGACAGGAAACACUAGCCAAAAUGAUCUACGAGAAUCCAGAUAUUCUGCGAUUCGCUAAAGCUAAGAGAGCUAACUUGACAAGUACUGCCGGUUGA